UACAAGGGUUCAACUGCCUCAACUUCCGCUGCACUACUCCAAGUCUCAAGUCUCUACAGCUGGGACUUAGCCUCUGCAAAAGAUCCUAAGGGCUUUUCUCAGCCCAACACCUUUGAACGUAGGUACAAGUUGGAGUGAAGGAAGAAGGCUCGCGAAAGAUGAAUUGUUGGCGCAGGGUUAACGCAGCGGCCGGUGCCGAAAGGCUGGAUGAACCCAGCUUCUUCGGCAGUUUCAACCCAAGGUAUGCCGAGAUGUCGGCGACGCGCCCAAGCAUCAGGGCUUCAAAUUUGAGCCCUGGAGACGACGAGUGCGCGGCGGAAGAAUGGGGAGCAGGCCCGGGAAGGGCAACCAGCUCUGUUACCAUGUUGAGAUGAGCUAGCUAGGUAGGAGGAGCCAUAG